AUGCAUACAUUACUCAGGCAACGGUAAACAGCCCUUCAAUUCCCUCUUCGAUCGUCGGUUUUUACUCGAAACAAAAAAUUGUUCGAUCAAUUUUCGCAAAAAUUUUUUUUUCGUCCGAUCGAAUUUCACAAAAGUCGAAGCUUUAUGAAUUAUGUGCGCAAUAAAUAACCUUGUUUUGUCGCGUCGAGUGCAAGAAUUCACGCGAAAAUGAAAUGUAAAUCUCGUCGAUUUCAGCGCAUUUCCCCCGUGGUUGUUCCCUUCUUUCUCCCCGUUAGCGCCUGGUGCUGAAAGCACCGCAAACACAUAUCGGACUGCAGGAUUUGAUGUAUUGUUCAGCUUGGAUGCAUUCGUAAAUCGUAAUAGUAAGUUUUUCCGAGAUUUUUUGAUUUUUUUCUGAUUUUAGGUAGUAAAUUUAUGUUAUUCUUGAUGAAGAGGUGGUAAUUGAAGGAGUUUUGACGGGGGAAAAUAGGUAGAGCGGUGACUGACUGUUCUCGAAGUUAUAAUGCAGAUAAGAAAUUUGUUUUUCAAACCCUUGAUUGAUUUUAUAUUGUUGUAGGUAUCAAAGUUGCUAAAUUAAUUUGUGAAGCUGUAGAUCAAUAUUUUAGGCAAAUUUUUAAUGUGAUACUUUAGACAUAGCUCUAUCUUGCUGUUCACAUUUAUUUGUCCUCAGAAUUCCUUCAAUAACAUCUCUUUUUCACCUAAAACAUUCCACUUGUUGUCUAGUGUAAUAUAAAUUCAGUUUUCCUUUCAGAUAAUAAGUAUGAAGAUAUUUUGGGAAUCCCAAUGUUGGCCGGGCUCCUCAGUGGGUCCGUCUCAGAUCACUUCCCUGUGUUGGAUGCCGUUGCCCAAUAA